UUUGGGGCACCCAAUCAAUUUCCUCUUUGAAUACAAAUUUGUACCGAUUUUCACCGGCAGAUGAAAUACUCAGAUCAAUCCGUAGCUGAAUCAAGACGAGUGUAAAAUUUUACCUAGAUUGUGUUUCUCGCUUGCUUCAUCGGUUAAUUUUGUCCUGCCGGAUUGAUCUCUGUUCGAAGCCGGUGUACUUGAUGCUGCUCAAAUUGCUGUUGAAAUUCUGCAUCGCUUGGAAUUGAUUUUGCUUGUUGCUUCAAGGUUUUCAGUUGUUGCUUGAAAUCGAUAGAUUCUCGUCCGGAAAUCGGGGUUGAUUUGGAAAUCAGAGUAGGGGAAAUGAAUAAUCGGUUAUCGGAAAUUGGGGAGAACUUGAUGAAAGGCGUGGUUUAUACGAUCGGGCAGUGUUAUCGGUUAGCUUGUAAUCAUCCGUUUAUUGUGGUAUUUCUCUGUUUUUGGCUGUUCUUGUACAGAUCGUUUCCGUUUGUGUUUUCACUCUUGGCGUCUGCUUCCCCUGUUCUUUUGUGCACUGCUGUUUUUCUCGGAAUUCUUUUGAGUUAUGGCGAGCCAGAUUUACCUGAAAUUGAGAAAGAGGAUAAUAGGAUUGAUGAGUUUGUGUUAAUAAAGGAUGGAAUAUCAGAAGAUGUUGGUGGUGGUGUUGAUGAAAUUGAGAAUGUUCAUGGUGAGGGAUUUACUGAGGAGAGAAAGGAGGAAUUCGAGCAGUCCUCGGACGAGACUGCUCGAUCACAGGGGGUUCGAAUUCGACUGAGUGAUGGUGAAGUUGGAGAAGGAAGGAAAGAGUUAGGAGAGUUGGAGGAGCAUGAGAGCAAGUAUGAAUGGAAUGAGGGGAUUAGGGUUGGGGAAUUGAUUGAGAAUCAUUUUGCAUCGAUUGCCGAGGGCGACGAGGAGGAAAAUGAUGGAUCCGAGGAUGAGGAUGAGGAUGAGGAUGACGAUUCGGGAGCAGAAUCUUUUGGAUCGAAGGAGGUGAAUGUGGAUUCUCUGGAUUCUCCUCCUCGAUCUCCUUGGACGCGGGUGGAUAGAGUCGGGGAGGAGGAUGAGGAUGAUGAUGAUUCGGACUCUGGGUCGGACCGGGCUGAAAGCUCGUCUCCAGAUGCAUCAAUGGCAGAAAUCAUGCCUAUGCUUGAUGAGCUUCAUCCAUUAUUGGAUGAAGAAGCUCCUCAACCUGUUGCAGUAGCCAUUGAUGGCUGCGACGCAGCAUCAGAGAGAUCGAGUAUCAGCAGUCGUGAGUCGGAUGAGAGUGAAGGCAGCAAGGGCUUGGAUGCUUCCGAUAACGACAAUGAAGAUGCACGAAAGGAUGAGGAAGAACAACGGAUAAAAUCUGCUGUUACGUGGACGGAAGAGGAUCAAAAGAAUCUCAUGGAGCUGCGAAGCUCGGAGAUCGAAAGGAACCAACGGCUAGAGAAUCUAAUCAUGAGGAGAGCCAGCAGAGGUCGAAAUGUGACUAAUGGGGUCGCAGAUCAGAAUAAUGUUGACGCUGAUGAUAACGAGGAUGAAGAAGAAGAAAAGGAAGAACAGACGGCGUCUCCUAUGGCGUGGACAGAGGAGGACCAAAAGAAUCUUAUGGAACUUCGAAGUUCUGAGAUCGAAAGGAACCUACGCCUCGAGAAUAUCAUUAUGAGGAGAGCCCGGGGUCGAAAUUUGGACAACGAGAUUGAAAAUCACGUUGAGGAGGAUGGCGAUGAAGAAGAAGAAGAGACGAAAUCUCCGAUUGUGUGGACAGAAGAGGACCAAAAGAAUGUCAUGGAUUUGGGAUGGUCAGAGAUCGAAAGGAACCAACGCCUCGAGAAUUUAAUUCAGAGGAGACGAGCUCGAAAGAACAUGAACCUGCUCCCCGAAAGGAACUUGGCUUUGGAAAGCUAUGAUCUUCAGUUCAACAUUCCGGCCAUUUCGACAAGACGACAGAAUCCAUUCGAUCUUCCUGACGAUCCUCGCAACGACUCUGGACUUCCUCCGAUUCCUGGUUCAGCUCCUUCCGUGCUGUUGCCCAGAAGGAACCCUUUCGAUAUUCCUUACGAUUCCAGCGAAGAGAAGCCCGAUCUUCUAGAAGAUGAAUUUCAGAAGGAGUUUACGACUCCAGCUCCGGCAAGAGAUCCCAUCUUCCGAAGAUCCGAGACUGUUAAUGUCAGAUCGUCACGGUUUGCGAAUGAGACGCAGGACAAGGAGAAAAUGAAGCCGUUCUUCGUUCCCGAGCAGGCGUUUGCAGAAGAAUCAAGCUAUUCUCAGUUUCGACGACAGUCUAGCGAGCUUAGCGACUCGAAAGUUAGCUCCGUUCAUGAAACUGACUCGGUUGGUUCGUUUGAGGAUUUGGGAAGUCGAAAGCUCCCGGAGGAAGAUGAUUCCUUCGACGCAGACCCGAGUUCAGGAAGCAUAGUAUACAUGGAAGAAUAUCAAGAUCAAGAUCAAGAUCAAGAUCAAGAACCAGAAGCGAUCUCGAUUGUCGAAAGCGUUGUUGAACAGGUCAGACACGGAAGCGAAUCUUCGUCCGAUGAAGAUGUAGCAGAGUUAGGCCGAGCAGAGAAUAUAGAUGUCGAAGUCGACGAGGUUCCCGCGGAUGUCCAUGAUCCUGAGUACCGUUUAAUCUCGUCGGACGGCGUCGAACAAAGAUACACUACUGAUUCGAGCUCUUCGUCGCUCUCCGAAGCCAGCGAGAGAAUCUUCGCUGAGUCGCGGCGGGACAGUUUGUUAAGUGACGAUUUCGCGGUGGAACAACAUACUGCUCUGAUCACCACAAGUACAUUGGUUAAUGAGAUUCCGUACCAGGUUCCGAUUUACGACGUAAGCCCGUCGUCAGAUUCGACAAUUGUUAGUUCAGCACCACCAGUCAAUCGAACAAUGUCUUCUACUGGUAAGGAGGUGAUUGCGAACAUUCCCGGUGAUAAACCGAUGGAUGAUCUUCCGGUUCUGGCCGAGCAUCAAGAUGAUGCACAGGCAUCGAUCUCGCAAGACCACCCGGCUACAACGGCACUGACGACUCCCGAGACUCUCAGCCUUGAUCUCGACAUCCCAUCGAGUCUCAAUUCUUUACUCGUCACCAAUCCUUUCGAAACAAGUAAUUCUUCCCGCCAUGACACGCGGACUGUAGUCGAAGAGGUGGAUGAGAUUAAGGAGAUCGAUGGGCUGCUGACCGAGCUGGAUACCAUCGGGGAUUUCGGCGCCAAUCCGUGGGAAUCGACCUCGAGUGAGCUCGAUAUAUUCGUCGAUCAUAGAAAAGAAAGUCUGUCUUCUUUACAUCACGACGAAACCAACGCCGGGGAUGUUAAUGAAGGUGGGGAGAUCAAGAAUCCUGUGGUUGUAGAAGAAACGACAACCGAGCAUUCUGAUAUCCAUGAGACGUCAGAUGUCGAACCGAGCAAUCGUAGCAACAACUUAAAGAACACUCCACAUGUUGCUGUUCCUAUUCCAUCGGAGAAUUCAGCUGUCCAAGAAAACCAGCAGACGGUAAAUUUGGACGUCCAAGAAGGGCUUGAGAAAGGUAAACUCUCUAAAAUCCCGGGUUCGGGCUCGGGCUCGGGCUCGGGCUCGGGCUCGGGCUGAGGAGGAGUAAGAGAGGGGUAGAGAAGGAUAUGGCUGAUCGAUUUUCUCUUCAAGAAAACGAAUUUUCUUUUCGAUUUCUUGGCAGUUUUGAGCUUUAAAGGUUCUUUUGUUUGUGUGUAAAAUUUGUGCAGAGACCAUUGAAGAAUACAUACGUUUGUGUUGACACUUGUUAUUGUAGUUUGAUAUGUAAGAGACUUGCCUACCCCUUCGUUCUUCUUUCUUUCGACUUGAUCGGAUCUCGAAGAAAGAAUUCGGAUAUAUAUAUAUAU